AUGAGCGAUGGAGGCAGCCAGCGAGGCGGGGAGGCGGCCAGAUGCGAAGCCCAGGCCGGGGAGAGAGGGACAGACCCGGCCAGUGCAUCCGCCUCGACCCUGGAGCCGCAGGGAGAAGGGAAACUCUCUCCGGGAGAUCCGGAUUAUUGCAGGAGGAUCCUGGUGCGAGUCUUGCUAGAUGCUAAAGGGACCAUCCGUGAGAUCGUUCUGCCAAGGGGAUUGGACCUGGACCGGCCGAAGCGGACCCGGACCUCCUUCACCGCGGAGCAGCUUUACCGCCUGGAGCUGGAGUUUCAGCGCUGUCAGUACGUGGUGGGCAGGGAACGCACCGACUUGGCCAGGCAGCUCAAUCUCUCCGAGACCCAGGUCAAGGUCUGGUUCCAGAACAGACGCACGAAGCAGAAAAAGGACCAGAGUAAAGAUUGUGACAGUCGUCUAUCCAGUGCCUCAGAAUCCAUCGCCACCUGUAACAUCCUGAGACUUCUGGAACAGGGGAGAUUGUUGUCCAUUCCUCCCGCUCCCAGUUUGGUCAUUCAAGGAGCCUCUCCUCAUGGAUCUCCAGCGGUUGACAACUGUGGCCUGGUCUCCUCCAGCAGCAGUUCUCCUGGAAUGACCGCUGCCUCUCUCAGCCUCUCCACCCCUCCCCAGACUACCGGCUCCACCCACUGCCAGCAAGUUACUUCUCCGUGCUUCACAUGCCCACCACUAGGCGCCAGUCUUGAGCUCUCCUCCAGCUACGGGAUGGGUAUGUCAGCCUUCGAGCCUUACGCACGAACUGAGAGACAAGACAGUGCCACAGAGAAAAGGCCAAGUUCAUAG